CAGAUGAACAAGAAGAUGAAGAUGCCAUAGUCAACAGGAUUUCGUUUAUGGAAUCUUGCUUCUCUUUUUUCCAACCUUUGUUUAUUUGUGUUGAUGCCUUUUGCCUUUUUCUUUCUGGAAUCAGAAGGUUUUGCUGGCUUGAAAAAGGGAAUCCGAGCACGCAUUUUAGAAACUCUGGUCAUGCUAGUCCUUCUUGCAUUACUGAUUCUUGGGAUAGUGUGGGUAGCUUCUGCCCUCAUUGACAAUGACGCUGCAAGUAUGGAGUCUUUAUAUGAUCUCUGGGAGUUCUAUCUUCCCUACUUAUAUUCCUGUAUAUCAUUGAUGGGAUGUUUGUUACUUCUCUUGUGUACACCAGUUGGCCUUUCCCGUAUGUUCACAGUGAUGGGUCAGUUGCUAGUGAAGCCAACAAUUCUUGAAGAUCUGGAUGAACAAAUUUAUAUCAUUACUUUAGAAGAAGAAUCACUCCAUAGACGACUAAAUGGGCUGACUUCAUCAGUGGAGUACAACAUAAAGGAAUUGGAACAAGAACUUGAAAAUGUAAAGACUCUUAAGACAAAAUUAGAGAGGCGGAAAAAGGCUUCAGCAUGGGAAAGAAAUUUGGUGUAUCCUGCUGUUAUGGUUCUUCUCCUUAUUGAGACGUCCAUCUCGGUCCUCCUGGUGGCUUGUAAUAUUCUUUGCCUACUGGUUGAUGAAACAGCAAUGCCAAAGGGAACAAGGGGACCUGGAAUAGGAAACGCCUCCCUUUCUACUUUUGGUUUUGUGGGAGCUGCACUUGAAAUCAUUUUGAUUUUCUAUCUUAUGGUGUCCUCUGUUGUUGGCUUCUAUAGCCUUCGGUUUUUUGGAAACUUUACACCCAAGAAGGAUGACACAACCAUGACAAAGAUCAUUGGGAAUUGUGUGUCAAUCUUGGUUUUGAGCUCCGCUCUGCCUGUGAUGUCAAGAACACUGGGAAUCACUAGAUUUGAUCUACUUGGAGACUUUGGAAGGUUUAAUUGGCUGGGGAAUUUCUAUAUUGUUUUAUCCUACAAUUUGCUCUUUGCAAUCGUGACGACAUUGUGCCUGGUCAGAAAGUUCACCUCUGCUGUACGAGAAGAGCUCUUCAAGGCACUGGGGCUUCAUAAACUUCACUUAUCAAAUACUUCAAGGGAUCCAGAAGCAACCAAGCCUUCUGUAAAUGGGCAUCAGAAAGCACUGUGACACACAGGUGGCCCGCUCUGCAAUCAGGAGCCCCGAGACCUGCAGACUCACGACAUUCCCGUCAGGCGUGGAAGCAUUUUCAUACUGACUUUGGCUCAUAUUUAGGAUCCGGGCCUCUCAGCAUUAUUUUUUUCUAUUACCUACUAAGAACUUGGCUAGUGCUGCUCUUUCUUAUUUUAUAAAAUUUAACUUUCUGAUCCACCCCUUAGUUUCCAGUUUAACGCAGAUCCUUAGCGAUGUACAGAACAGCACAUUCUUUCAUAGACACAUUUGUUCACAUUGGUAAAUAGAAUUAUCUAUCUGAAAAGUUUUUUUCAACUGAUAUGAAAAUGCUAGAAAAGGCAAAUUUUAGGACUUUCUAAAGAUUGAUUUAAAUCCUAUUAUAUACUUUAUUCAGGAUAUAGAAGCCUCCUUGAAAGACAUCCUUGGUACUAAGUAAAGGUUUUUCAGAAAAUGCAGUUUUCAUAAGUGAUAGAAACUGCUUGUAGAUGUUAUUAUUGCUGUAGGUACACUGGAAAGUAAUGAUUGCAAAUUAUAUUUUUUAUUUUCUUUUUUAAAAAAAGCCCAAAGUACAGUUUCUCAUUUAUGUUAUAUAGGAUGAUAUUGAUUAUACUUUGAGCCCAGGGAAAAAUACUAAAUUCUUUUAAACCCUGAACUUUGGUAGAAAACCACAGAAAUAUCUUCUCCUGUACAGUAUAAUAAGCUGUGGUGGGAAGUAUCGUGUAGUCACAGCGUCAGGACAGCAUCUGUGUGUGUGAGUCCAUGGUACCUCUCCUAACAUAGUUGCCAGUGUUGAAUGCACUUGUAACUUAGAUUUUGCCUUAUAGGCUAUAUGUACACUCAGUUUUUUUAAAGCAUUUUUUCAAAUAUCACUUCUCUGUGCUUUUGUGAUGCUUAUGAAAAAUAUUAGUGCUGAGCGAUAGCAAACCCUCUUUUCCCAUAUUCUUCAGGCUUUGGUUACUUUUAUAUGCGCCACUUUAAACUUCUGACUUAUAAAAUCGCCAGUUUAAUACUCAAAACUCGCAGCAUCAGCAUUCAUGAUGUAAGAAUAGUUUUGCAGUGUAAUAUCAUCUGAUAAUCAGUUAUUAAAUUGUAAAUAAUUGUUGGGAUGGUUUCUUGGCUUUAAGUCCACUGAAUAAAGGCUACAGACUAUGAAUACAUACUCUGUGUCACCCACUAGGGCAGAAUAGUGAAAGUUUGUACAGAUAUGAGAUGGGCCCACCUGAACAUAACGCAUGUAUAAAUGUAUAUAUUCACA